UCCUUCGGUGGCCUCUGUGGCAGUCGUGGACACGUCGAGCUGGGCCGAACUCAAAGGGGCUUCUGAGAAGUCCUGAGGGGGGGCGGUGACGGGUUGAGGUUCUGAGAGGGCGGCGUCGGUGGCGGAACUCGACCUGGGAAGAGACUCUCCUGCUUAUUCUCAUUUUUUUUCCUGGAAAAAUGGAUCAUUCCCACCAUAUGGGGAUGAACAAUAUGGACCACAACAGUACCAUGCCCCCAUCUCACCAUCACCCAACCACUUCAGCCUCACACUCCCAUGGUGGAGGAGACCACAACAUGAUGCGUAUGACCUUCCACUUUGACUUUGAGAAUGUGGAACUAUUAUUUUCCGGUUUGGUGAUCAACACACCUGGAGAGAUGGCUGGAGCUUUUGUGGCUGUGUUUUUACUAGCAAUGUUCUAUGAAGGACUCAAGAUAGCCCGAGAGAGUCUGCUGCGAAAGUCACAAGUUAGUAUUCGCUACAAUUCCAUGCCUGUUCCUGGACCAAAUGGAACCAUCCUUAUGGAGACACACAAAACUGUUGGGCAACAGAUGCUGAGCUUCCCUCACCUCCUGCAAACGGUGCUGCAUAUCAUCCAAGUGGUCAUCAGCUACUUCCUCAUGCUCAUCUUCAUGACCUACAACGGCUACCUCUGCAUCGCAGUAGCAGCAGGGGCUGGAACAGGAUACUUUCUCUUCAGCUGGAAGAAGGCAGUGGUAGUAGACAUCACAGAGCAUUGCCAUUAACACCAGACUCAGUGGUGUGGCCUUACCAAUUGCAGUGGGGAGCCGCUUGAGUUGGGAAGACAUGAUUCCUGCUUCAAUCAUCCCUUCUCACUCCUCUCUCUUUACACACACACCUGCUGAGUAGAGGUUUAGUUUACAGUCUCCAAGGUAAAUUCAUGUUUUUCAGUAAGCUGAGAUACCCGUUUCUCUGGAAGUGAAGCCACCCAUGAGAUGCCGUCUCCUCAUCAUCAUCCUUGAUUGUUGGCUAAUCCAGGUAGCUUUCUAGUCAGUGAUUUGAUUAUCUGCUUUUUAAUCUUCUGGGUUUCCUUUAACACAAUAUGUGGAUUUGAUGGGGGUUGUUUUGGUUUUUGUUUUCUGGGUCAGUAAUGAAAAGGGAUUAACUUCAACCAGGAUUGAUGACAGUUGAGGGACAUUCUUGCCCAACUAAACCCAGGAUUCAAAUGUCACAUUAGAACACAAGUUCCAAGUGGUAGAGUGUCUGUCUAGCAAGCCUAAGGCCCUGAGUUCGAGCCCUAGUACUGCCACAAAAAAAAAAAAGGAAGGUCCAGUCUUUGUACUCAGUGAGUAAAAAUUACAUUGUGCCUUUCUCUAGGUGUGGUGUGUUGCACCAAAACCUUUGCAGCAUACGGAGGGGUGAUUGGAGACUAAAUGUAGGCCUAGCGAUUGUUGACUUCUGUAUUUUGGGGUUACUCAUCAGCUUGUUUUCCCACCUUAUAUUUUGACAUUUUUGUUAGGAUAAGCUUGCCAAUCUGAAAGAAAAAGACAAUCCAUUUGAGAAAAUAGAAAUUGAUUUUUAAAAAUAAAACCAUUGGCAUUUUACUUUGAUGUGGUACCUUGGUUUGACCCCGCUGAAUGAAGGAGAAGAGUUUGAAUUAUCUUUUUCCUACUAUUAUUUUUAUGUCUGCCUGAAACCAGUGAUUUUUCAGACUUUAGUAUGCAUCAAAACCAUCUGGAAGGCUUGUUAAAAAACACUAGUUUCUAGGCCUUAAACCCAGAGCCCCAAAAUUGGCAUUUCUAAGUUCCCAGGUGUUGCACUUUGGGAAUAUCUGCUUUAAUAUCUGGGGAGGGAGGUACCUAGUAUUGGGCAUAAGAAUUAGGCUGUCCAUUGCAGGUGGUGUGUCUGGGUGGGUGUAUCUCCUGUGAUACUGCUCAUCAGAACUUUAUCAUUCCAUAAACAUUAAUUCAGCUCCAGCUGCAUGCACACACACACACACACACACACACACACACACACACACACACACACGUAACAGCUAUAGCAGCAUAUAUGAAGCCACUGGUUUUUU